AUGGAGUGGACGCGCGAGCAGACACUGUAUCUGCUAAAUCUCAUAUGUUACCACAAGCCGCUCGGCGAGGAGCGGGAGGCGAGCUAUACGACGAUCAUCCAGCGUUUGGGUGAGAAGUUCCCCCAAUUCAGCGUCACCAAGAGCGAUGUGACGCGGCAGCUAAACAAGUACUAUAAUUUAAAGGGACUAGAGAAGCUGGACGAGAACGAGACCGACGAGGAGGCAGCCGAGGAAGAAAAGCGCGGAGAUUCGCUGGCGUCGCGUACCAGACGGAAGUCCAAGGACGAGACGAAGGCGAAGGAGGUGCAAGUAAAGAGCGAGGAACCAGAGAGUGGCAAGGAGACGCCUGGGACACCAGUUACUCGCCGGCGCUCGCGGCGCAACAAGACAGAGACGCCAGUAGAGCCCGAGGAAGAGGCUGAAGCGAAGGAGGGCGUGAGAACGCGGCGUCGUGUGGCGGUGGAGCCGGCCGAGGCGAGCGACGACGAAAAGGAGAAGCAGGAGGAGGGUGAGUCCGAAAAGACGCCAAAGAGACGGAUUUCGCGCAAGCUGCGGACAGACGAGGAGAGCGAGAGCGAGGAGAAGGAGAAGGCACCGCGGAGCGGGCGCAAAAAGCGGGUGAAGCUGAAGGAGGAGACCGCCGAGACGGAGGAUGCGGCGGGUGCACAAAGCAGCAGCGACGAGGAGGAGAAAGGGGGCACGCAGACACGUCGCAAGAGUGUGCGGGAGGAGAAGAAGCCGCGCACGCGCACGACGAGACGGAACUUGAAGAAGGAGAUGGAGCAGGAGGCAGUUAAUGACGCGGAGGCGGACGAGAAGGCGGAGGAAAACGCGGAGACCGAGGCACAGGACGACGUGGACGACGAAGAGAGCGGCGAGGACGACGAAAUGGACGAGGACGACGAGGAGAAGGAGGAGACGGGCGGCGAGAAGGUGCCUGCGAAACGGGCCAUGCAUGCGACGCCAGCGAUGCGGAAGCAGCGCAAGACGUCGGUUUCGAAGAGCGUGCCGCGCAACUUCAAGCCCAAGGACACGCCUGUCAAGGCGACGCCGGGCGGGCGCGGCAGGGCUCGUGCCGGGGCGUCGUCGGUUCCAUCGACGCCGUCGGUGAGACGAUCGGCGCGGAAAAAAUAA